AUGGAUGCCCCGUCGCUCUCUCAUCUUCCGGCAUCGCUCGAUGCCAACAGAAUCCACGCGCUUCCAGCCGCCGCAUACUACAUCGCAGACUUCAUCAGUGAAGAAGAAGAGAAGGCUAUUCUCCAAAAGGUUGAAACCGCACCCAAGGCGAGAUGGAGACAGCUCACCCACCGUCGGCUGCAAACUUGGCCCUCGGAUCUCGUGAAGGACACACUGCUUGACGCGCAACCACUGCCCGCCUGGCUGGAAACUCCCGUCGUCUCGCGCCUCCUCUCCAUCCCACUCUCGGACGGCGACGAGCCCAAGACGCACGUUUUUGCGAAUAGUCCUCACGGCCGUCCCAAUCAUGUGCUCAUCAACGAAUAUCCCCCGAACACGGGCAUCAUGCCGCACAAGGACGGCAGCGCCUACUACCCCGUCGUCUGCACGGUGAGUCUGGGGUCUAGUCUCUGCCUCAACCUGUACAAGAGCAAGGAGGAUGGCGCACUGGACCCAGCACCGCUUUGGAGAAUCUUACAGGAGCCACGCAGCCUCUUGAUUACGACGGGGGGGAUAUACUCGGACUACCUUCACGGCAUCGAGCCAAUCUCGACCGACGUAGACAUCUCGGAGCGCACCAUCGCGAACUGGAGCCUCCUACGAUCACCGUCCGACUUCCAAGGCGGGCGCAAUGAGCGCCAGAUACGCACCAGCCUCACAUACCGCGACGUUCUCAGGAUUUCGAAGCUUGGUAAUAAGCUCGGGCCAUUGUUCAAGCGGACAUGA